UCCCUGCAUCUAUAUAUGUUACCUCUGUUAUUUGUUAACCCCCCUCUCUCUCCCUCUCUCUCUCUCCUCCCCCUUCUGUGUCCAGGCUCUCGUUGGAAGGCCAUGACCAACCUGGAGAAGCAGCCAUACUACGAGGAGCAGGCUCGUCUCAGCAAGCAGCACCUGGAGAAGUACCCCGACUACAAGUACAAGCCCCGGCCCAAACGCACCUGCCUGGUGGACGGGAAGAAGCUGCGCAUUGGAGAGUACAAGGCCAUCAUGAGGAACCGGCGCCAGGAGAUGAGACAGUACUUCACCGUCGGCCAGCAGGCCCAGCUGCCUCUGUCCUCUGCAGGGGUGGUGUACCCCGGGGCCCUCUCCAUGGCAGGCAUGCCCUCCCCCCAGAUGCCCUCCGAACACUCCAGUAUGUCCAGCAGCCCUGAGCCCAGCGCCAACCCCCACCCUCCCCCUUACCUAGCCGGCCUGAAGGGGGAGGGGGAGGGGCCCCGCAUCAAGGAGGAGUUACGGUUGGACGACAACAACGGCGACGCCUACGACGACUUUGAUUACGAGGACGAGGAGGCGGACUACGGGAGUGACAACGAGAAUAAUAUCACCCAAUAAGAUGGGAGCUGAGGCGAGGCUGAAGCCUCACCCUAGCCAAUCACAGCAGGUGAAUCACACAGCUGGAAAGAAGAAAACAACCCCCUAACAAAUCCCUAAGGAACUGACUUAGGCCUGUCUGUCCUAACCAAUCACCUUGAGUCUCCACAUCACAGACUCCUCCCUCUCGUUAUUACCCUCACUCAACCAGGACUCUCUCAGCAGAGACAAACCCCUCCCACUGGAGUCCUGAUACCAGCAACCAGCCAAUCAAAUGAAGCGCAGGACCUGUCACUCACACUGACUGUUACACAAACUGAAGUCUAGAAGUUGACGAGCCAUUGGCUGCUGAGUACUUUACAGUACUACAGAGUACUACUAUAGAGUACUAGACAGUACUAAAAGAGUACUACAGAGUACUACUGCUGAGUAUGACAGUACUCUUGAUGAGUAUGACGCGAGGUAGAUGAUGAUGUUCAGUAUAUGUCCAGAGUAAGCUACCCGUAAGCAGGGGGGGAACCCCAGACCUUUUAGACCAGUUUGUUGUAAAAGAGACGUUUUUGAAAACAGAGGACCUGUCAGUUGAUGAAAGAGACACUUUAAAAUGGCGGACCUGUUUGUUUAUAAAAGAGACACUUUUAAAAAACAGCUUUUUUUUCGUUCUCGGUUCUAUAAUAUUCUCACUCAGGUACACGGUGCCAACAAGUGGCUUGUGAAUGUGAUUUGUUGUUUUUGUGCUACAGUUUUAAUAAUAGAAAAAUAUACUUUUUUCCUUUCAUUGUAAAGCACCUGACAGAAGUCAAAGCAAACUUUUAUUUUGCAUAUUUCUUAAACUCUGCAGUGUACUGUCAGCAGAACCCUUCUCUAUGUGCCCGCACCCCCAUGAUAGUCCAAUGGGACUGUCCAGUCAGGGCCUUCCCAUGUGUUGGACUGUGUGGACCUUCUCACUUCAGUGGACUGUACGGGACUGCGGGGGUCGGAUCGCUUGAGUCUCUCAUAUCAUAGCCCAUGUUGAAGACUAUUGUGAGAAGAGACAAUCCCCAUCCAGCUUCACACCCUGCCCUCUCAUUCAGCCUCUGGUUAAUGUUCCCACACACCCCAAGAGAGAACCGGAGAACCUUACAUUCAUUGAAGUAAAGGUUCAAAAGUGUGUGUGUGUGUGUGUGUGUGUGACAAGAUCAUUACUAAGGGUACAGACACCUGACAAAUAUAGCCAUAGUGUGUUCUAGCUACAGCUGAGAGAGAGAAAGAGAUAAAAAGAGAGAUAGUACGCUAGUGAGAGAGCCUAAGGUUCUCUUUCAUUUCAAACACACACACCAACACAUACGCACACGCCAAUAAACACACACACACGCACACACCUUGUCCCUGUCCAGCCCUCAGCGGCAUCUGUGCCCCCCCCCCCUCCCCCCUCCUCUCCCCACCCCCCUCCUCUCCCCUCCCCCCUCCUCUCCCCACCCCGUCAUUCUGCUGUUGUGAUCGGGAGGAGCUGAACAGACGUCAGCACGUCAGUGUUUUUAUUUGUAUUUGAAUACUGUAUUUUAUUAUUUUUAUUCAAACUGCCUCUAGUGUAAUAAUAUUAUUAACAAUAAUUAUAAUGAUGGUCAGCGUUUCCUAAGUUUAGUAAGUUAUGUACAGUAUAAUUUAUUUUUCCCCCUCUCAUCGGGUUUUGUAUGUCCAUAUGAAAACUACGACGGUUUGAUGAAGCAUUAUUAUAUUUAGCUGGUAGGUAUUUAGAUUUAAAUGUGUCAUUUUACCUUUGUUUGUUUUUAAUUCAGUUCUGGUUUUUAUUUGAUCUGUUGCUUUUGUAUUAAUCCUUAGGGUGAGGUUGAGGAGCUGGGGCCGAGACAGAGAGUCAGUUGCUACGAUGACCAGAACUCUCCCUCUCCAUCACCAGCUCCCGCCCACAUCCCCCCCCCCCCCGCGAAGACUUAACCCUUUUACGUCCAAACCCAUUUCUUAAAGCACUCAGACUCUGUGUGGUCAGAGAAAAGAAGAACGUGAUUCUUAUUUUGUAAUGGUUAAUAAUGUAUAAUGUGAAUUUUCCUCUCUUCUUCUUUAGUUCUCUGGAGUUCAAAAGAAACCACAUGUGUUAUUGUAAACUCUGUUUAUCUCUGAAGGUGGAGCCCAGCUUUCCUGUAUCUGGCUGCUCUGAACACUGGGGACAUGGGUGGAACUACACUGGCUCUGAGACACACACACACAGAGAUACAUACAUAAACACAUGUUACAGGAAACAUACUGUGUAUUCACCGAGUUGUAUAUCUGGACAAUGAAGGGGUCCAAAGCUGCCCUGUUUCAUUUACAGAGCCGUAUACACUGAUGUAUAGUAGUAAAGAUAAUUGUAGUGCAAAGCAGCAUUGCCACACAUGCAUUUGACCAUAAGAAACAACAGUGUUUACUCUAUGUCUCCUCUCCAGUGAUGUUCCACCUUGUGUGUCCUGCGUCAGAUCACCGGUGCUGUCUUAUCUAUGAGACUCUUCAUCUGGAGGUCUUUGCUUUGUUUUAGCUCCACACCAUGACAUAGCCAUGUCCACUCUUUCAGCUGUGCUGCCACAUAGUGAGCCCACACACAAUCAUGUUUUCCCCGUUUACCUUGACACAAUCACACCAUGCCAGGUAGUGGCGUGGCCCGUAUCCCUGCCACAUAGUGAGCCUGUCAAUCAUGCCACGCUGAGCUGCUUAGUCAUCCCCAUAAUCACAAUGUGGUGCGAUCCAGAGUCUUAUAUGCUGUGUAGAGCUCUGGGUCCAUCCAAUGCUGGAAGGGGGGUGUCCAGGCUGGUAGAUACUGUAUAGCCCAUGAAUGGGACACAGAGAGGAGGCUAAAGACUCCUAUUGUUACUCCUGCUGUAUAGGCCUGACCCCAUAGCAACAACCUUUGUUACCAUGACAAUGACAGCCAUGAUGACGACGAUAUUGAUGACGGUGACGAUAAAGAUAUUUAAGACAAUCAAAGUCGUGAGUGGAGCUCAAAACAAAGUAAGAAUUAUUACAAGAAAAAAAAAGUAUCUUACACCAUCUCAACUUGAAAAAUCAAGAAAGAUAAUUAUGUAAAUAUAACAUAGAGUUAUAGAUUUAUAUUUUGUUCAUAACACAGUGUAAUAUAAGUUGUAUAUUUCUUUUUUUCUCUUUUAUUGAUGUUAUCCAUGCCACAAUAAAAGCAGGAGGCAAAGUACUCUUACAACAAAAAAAAGAAGAAAAAUUACAAACAUACAAAGAAAGAAAAAAAUCAAGCCGUGCGCUGCCACCACCUGUUCAGAGUUCACUUUUUUUCAGUAUUAUUGCCAGUCAGGGCUCUAAUAAAGACAGCAAUGUGUUCUGUAUUC